GGUGAAAAAUGGCGGCAGUGUUACUGCAAGCGCUGGAGCGCGCUGAGCUAGCGAAGCUCCCAAAAGCUGUUCAAAAUAAACUAGAAAAGUUAUUCUCUGAUCUGCAAUAUGAAAUAGAUUCCCUCAAGUCACACCAGGAGCAAUUUAGAGUCGAUAGCGGUAAGUUAUAGCCGAAUAAGUCAUUGUAAUGUUGUGUACAGUCCCAGCUAGCUAGCUAACGUUAGUUAUGCUACGUAGCUAGCUAAAGACAGUAUCGCUGAUAGAAGAAUGAGACAGAUAUUUCACCGGAUGUAUAAAUGUGAUGCAUCCGCUUGGCGUUUCCACUCACUGCCAAAUAUGGUAGUGAGAGGAAGCACAGUUGCCUGCAGUGAGAGAAGAUGGAACGAGUUGGAUUUUGGCCGACAUUAUGUUUAAUUUAACUAAUUAAUUUAACUAAUUUUCUAAUCGAUGAAACAUUUGAUUCCAAUACAAGUUUCUGUUCCCAAAACUAGAAUAUGUUACGAACAGAGUGGACUACGUUUUGUAGACUUUACUCUUUGCCAAAAUAAAAUUGACAAAUUGCCUUGUUUAGAAGGAGUGCAAAGGCAAAUUGAGUUAUUGUACACGCGCACUUCAGAGUAGGCGUUCCCUAACGGAAAUAUGCGCAUGCAUGCUAGAACGCACCAAUAGGAUCUCGCUAGCUCGUGCUUGGCUCUGCCCACCUCCAUGCUGGUUCUGCCCACAAUGACUUUGUUCCCAUUUGAAACGUCGGGCUGUGGUCUAUCUUGGUUUAGUAAAAAAAAUAUUUGGUAUCGCAGAAAAAUGAGGUUUACUUAUGCAAAUAUUUGACAGUAUACGUUAGUUAGCUCAGAUAACGUGGAUGGCCAUUGCCGGCAGCAUCGACAACUGUUUGUUAGCUAGUUAGCUACAAGGCAUAGUGAUGUGAUGGAUACAAAAAAUAGUUAGCUAGCUAGGGUAGCUAGCCAACAUUGUUCAUCAGCCAUGCCUAAAUUGUUAAGCUAAUUAGCUAGUUCACUGGCUGACGUUAGUUCGUUUGUUGAGAACUUCUCUAUAACGUUACUCCCAGCUAACUUUAUUAAACUACUUUGAUUUAUCAUUUCGCCUUCAAGACAAGAUCAGCCAAGUUAACAUGUUGUUGUCACUCUUGUAGAACAACAGUUCUUUGAGAAAGUGCAACGUCUUGAACACAGUCAGGAACAGUUUGUGACCCAGACUGAACAGCACCACAAACUCCGAGAGGAGUUCACCAAGAUCGGUAAGUGGAACUAGCUACUUUAUUCGCUAUUUACUGACAUUACCUUUUUCUUCUUCUUCUGUGGGUUUUAUAUGGCGGUUGGCGACUAACUUUAAGGUGCAUUACCGUCACCAAGUGGUCGAAAUCCUACCCAAUAAUCUUGAAUCCCUAAGGAAACGGAAUACAUAAUUAAAUACUACAUCCCCUGAAGAUUUCCCCAGCAGUUCACUUAAUCCUGGCUCUCCAACCCCAUUACUCCUCAAAUCUUGUAACAAUCACUCCCUUUCUCGCUCAUAUUUCUGGCACUGAAAUAGAACAUGUUCCACUGUCUCCAUCUCCUCCUGACAAUAAUCACACCUCCCAGUCAGAUGUUUCCCCAACAAGUUGAAUGUACUAUUUAACCUUCUGACCAUGACCUAAGAUUGACCUUGGGUCAAGUACAUCCCAUCAUUGGGGGGGGGGGGUGACGAUCCACCAUUAAUGAAAUUGCAAUUUUUUUCUACAGAUGAAGAACUCAAGAGUGUACGGGAAAAGAAUAAAGAGUAUGAAAUCAACCAAGAGAAGUUGACAUCUGAACAGGUGAGAGCCUCAUGGUCUUGUCACCUCUUUAACGGUUUGUGUAGGGCUGGGCGAUAUAUCAAAUUAAUUAGAUUUAUUGAAAUUUGUUUUUGCGCCAUAUUCCAAAUACCUGUAUUGCAAGAAUCAAGUUUUUAUAAGCGUUUAUCUCCACUUGUUCUCAUGUUAUCUUUUUGGUCAAGUCUCCUUCGCACAUUCUGUGCUGUGUGCACCUUCCCGUUUGCACCAGAGAUCUGGCUAUAAUGACGAGAUGCUCAUGUCUCCGCCCGAACAAGGGGAGUCGUUGUCCCAAAGGCGGCAAGCUUAUGUCCAUAGAAUCGCAUUGGGCUUAUUUUGGACAGAUUUUGGUGAGAGUGAAACCUCUCUGUUCGUCCCUUCCUCUCUGUUUACACACACACACACACUGACCAAGCCCCUCCCCCUGCCACUCACAAAAACAAAGAUGAGAGAUCACUUCUUCCUCUCUGACAAGCAUUUUCAAAUCGCUGUUUGUGGUUUGGUUCAACAGAAUUGGUCAUAUGGAUACCCAAACACGUUGAGACAUUAUUUUACUGUAAUAGAGGAUAAGUUAACAUUUCUAACAAUACCCUUUGGAAAUUAAUUUUAAUUUUUUGUCAAGCACGGCAUUGCGGCAUUUUAGCCAAAGAUGACUAGCUGUCUAGUCUGUUUUUAUAAAUGUGCAAUAAGCAUAAAACAUAAUUAUAUAAGGAAUUGGUAAUAUAAGGUAGGCCGCUUGAUUUUAACAUCUGAACAAAGUGGACAGGCUAACAUGCUGUUCAAACAGUUGGAGACGGACAGAAGGGUGUAUUCAUAACAAUUCAACUUUUCUGCCUUGUUAGCUAGCAAAUAGAUCCAAGGUGGCUAAACUUGAACUAUAAAGAUUAGCUGGCUACUCACUAGCACGUGGGCUUGUGCUAGAGAGAUUGUUUAUGAAACCUGUGUUCAUUUUCUAUAAUGCCUGCUACAAGAAGUGUCAUUAUUAGUGAAUGUGCAUUAUCCAUGGUUCUGGUGGAAUUUGUAACAAAAAAGGCAUUUUCAUAGACUUGUAAGCCAGAUCAGUGAUUAUAAAAAAUAAAAGAAAAAAUCAGGUUAAAAUAUAUUGAUAAAAUACUUAAAUGAUUAGUGGGUCUUAUGGAGGUGGAAGGCUUAUAUUUAGGCUAUGUAUCAUUUCACAAGCCCUGAAUUCAUUAGAUUAUUGCUGACUGUUUGAAAUGCAGUGUAUUUGACCUUUCAUUGUACAACAAAGCUUAUUUAGAGAACAUUAAAACGAUUGAUAUAUAGACAUAUAUAUAUAUAUAUAUAUAUAUAUUGAAUCGUCCAUAAGUUUGAAAAAAAUCCAGAUAUCAUUUUUAGGCCAUAUCACCCAGCCUUAGGUUCGUGUUGACACCUUAUUUGACAUUGACUCAAACAUCUUUAUUAUAGGCCCAGCUCUGUAAAGCCAAAAAUGAACUGGAGGCAGAGAAGCGGGAGCUUGUGCGUACACUGGAGAGGAGAUCCCAGGAAGUGGACUAUCUGAGUGGUAUGGAUGAAUCUAUGUGGAGAGAUACAAACAAGCAAACACACACAUACACUUGAUCUAAUGUCUAUUGGAUUAAUUUUCUCAUCAGAGGACCUGCAGCGCCUCAAUGACAAAGUGGCGGAAGUCAAUGCCUCAAAGAUGGUGCUGCAGCUCAAGUUGGACGAGCUUGAAUCCACAGAGGUCAACAUCAAGGUGAGCCUAUUUGAACGCUCUGUAACUUGUGGCCACUUGAAUAGGACCCGGCUCUCAAGGAAGGUGUUGAAAUGAUCUGAUACAUGUAUACAUCAUGUGUAAUCUACGCUGUUGUGCCGGUUCCCUCCAGUACCGUGAGAAGCGUAUGGAGCAGGAGAAGGAGCUAUUGCAAGGCCAGACGGCCUGGCUGAACGCAGAGCUCAAGGCUAAGAGUGAGGAGCUACUGGCCCUGUCACGCCAGAAGGGCAACAAGAUCCUGGAGCUGAAGUGCAGCCUGGAGAACAAAGAGGAUGAGGUAAGGCCAUGACAGUUAAAAAACAACAACAUAUUUUAUAGCUGUACAUUCUGGUUUUCAUAUUCAUCUAUUGAGUAUGUUUUUGAUACACUACCGGUCAAAAGUUUUAGAACACCUACUCAUUCAAGGGGUUUUCUUUAUUUUUACUAUUUUCUACAUUGUAGAAUAAUAGUGAAGACAUCAAAACUAUGAAAUAACACAUAUGGAAUCAUGUAGUAACCCAAAAAGUGUUAAACAAAUCAAAAUAGCCACCCUUUGCCUUGAUUACAGCUUUGCACACUCUUGGCAUUUUCUCAACCAGGUAGUCACCUGGAAUGCAUUUCAAUUAACAGGUGUGCCAUCUUAAAAGUUAAUUUGUGGAAUUUCUUUCCUUCUUAAUGCGUUUGAGCCAAUCAGUUGUGUUGUGACAAGGUAGGGGGUAUACAGAAGAUGGAGUGAGGGAAAAAACUAUUUGAUCCCCUGCUGAUUUUGUACGUUUGCCCACUGACAAAGACAUGAUCAGUCUAUAAUUUUAAUGGUAGGUUUAUUUGAACAGUAAGAGACAGAAUAACAACAAAAAAAUCCAGAAAAAUGCAUGUCAAAAAUUUUAUAGAUUGAUUUGCAUUUUUAAUGAGGGAAAUAAGUAUUUGACCCCUCUGCAAAACAUGACUUAGUACUUGGUGGCAAAACCCUUGUUGGCAAUCACAGAGGUCAGACGUUUCUUGUAGUUGGCCACCAGGUUUGCACACAUCUCAGGAGGGAUUUUGUUCCACUCCUCUUUGCAGAUCUUCUCCAAGUCAUUAAGGUUUCAAGGCUGACAUUUGGCAACUCGAACCUUCAGCUCCCUCCACAGAUUUUCUAUGGGAUUAAGGUCUGGAGACUGGCUAGGCCACUCCAGGACCUUAAUGUGCUUCUUCUUGAGCCACUCCUUUGUUGCCUUGGCCAUGUGUUUUGGGUCAUUGUCAUGCUGGAAUACCCAUCCACAACCCAUUUUCAAUGCCCUGGCUGAGAGAAGGAGGUUCUCACCCAAGAUUUGACAGUAUAUGGCCCCGUCCAUCGUCCCUUUGAUGUGGUGAAGUUGUCCUGUCCCCUUAGCAGAAAAACACCCCCAAAGCAUAAUGUUUCCACCUCCAUGUUUUACAUUGGGGAUGGUGUUCUUGGGGUCAUAGGCAGCAUUCCUCCUCCUCCAAACACGGCGAGUUGAGUUGAUGCCAAAGAGCUCCAUUUUGGUCUGAUCUGACCACAACACUUUCACCCAGUUCUCCUCUGAAUCAUUCAGAUGUUCAUUGGCAAACUUCAGACAGGCAUGUAUAUGUGCUUUCUUGAGCAGCAGGACCUUGUGGGCGCUGCAGGAUUUCAGUCCUUCACGGCGUAGUGUGUUACCAGUUGUUUUAUUGGUGACUAUGGUCCCAGCUGCCUUGAGAUCAUUGACAAGAUCCUCCUGUGUAGUUCUGGGCUGAUUCCUCACCGUUCUCAUGAUCAUUGCAACUCCACGAGGUGAGAUCUUGCAUGGAGCCCCAGGCCGAGGGAGAUUGACAGUUCUUUUGUGUUUCUUCCAUUUGCGAAUAAUCGCACCAACUGUUGUCACCUUCUCACCAAGCUGCUUGGCGAUGGUCUUAUAGCCCAUUCCAGCCUUGUGUAGGUCUACAAUCUUGUCCCUGACAUCCUUGGAGAGCUCUUUGGUCUUGGCCAUGGUGGAGAGUUUGGAAUCUGAUUGAUUGAUUGCUUCUGUGGACGGGUGUCUUUUAUACAGGUAACAAACUGAGAUUAGGAGCACUCCCUUUAAGAGUGUGCUCCUAUUCUCAGCUCGUUACCUGUAUAAAAGACACCUGGGAGCCAGAAAUCUUUCUAAUUGAGAGGGGUUCAAAUAAUUAUUUCCCUCAUUAAAAUGCAAAUCAAUUUAUAACAUUGUUGACAUGCGUUUUUCUGGAUUUUGUUGUUGUUAUUCUGUCUCUCACUGUUCAAAUAAACCUACCAUUAACAUUAUAGACUGAUUAUUUCUUUGUCAGUGGGCAAACGUACAUAAUCAGCAGGGGAUCAAAUACUUUUUUCCCUCACUGUAGCCCUAUUUGGUAAAAGACCAAGUCGAUAUUAUGGCAAGAACAGCUCAAAUAAGCAAAGAGAAACGACAGUCCAUCAUUACUUACAGAACAUUUCCAUUAGUUUCUUCAAGUGCAGUCGCAAAAACCAUCAAGUGCUAUGAUGAAACUGGCUCUCAUGAGGACCGCCACAGGAAUGGGAGACCCAGAGUUACCUUUGCUGCAGAGGAUAAGUUCAUUAGAGUUACUAGCCUCAGAAAUUGCAGCCCAAGUAAAUGCUUCAGAGUUAAGUUGAAGACAUCUCAACAUCAACUGUUCAGAGGAGACUGUGUGAAUCAGGCCUUCAUGGUUGAAUUUCUGCAAAGAAACCACUACUAAAGGACACCAAUAAGAAGGAGAGACUUGCUUGGGCCAAGGAACAUGAGCAAUGGACAUUAGACCGGUGGGCGAACGGAUGAUCUCCGCAUGUGUAUUUCCCACCGUGAAGCAUGGAGGAGGAGGUGUUAUGGUGUGGGGGUGCUUUGCUGGUGACACUGUCUGUGAUUUAUUUAGAAUUCAAGGCACACUUAACCAGCAUGGCUACAACAGCAUUCUGCAGUGAUACGCCAUCCCAUCUGGUUUGGGCUUUGUGGGACUAUCAUUUGUUUUUCAUCAGGACAAUGACCCAACACACCUCCAGGCGGUGUAAGGGCUAUUUUACCAAGAAGGAGAGUGAUGGAGUGCUGUAUCAGAUGACCUGGCCUCCAGAAUCCCCCGACCUCAACCAAAUUGAGAUGAUUUGGGAUGAGUUGGAUGGCAGAGUGAAGGAAAAGCAGCCAACAAGUGCUCAGCAUAUGUGGGGACUCCUUCAAGACUGUUGGAAAAGCAUUCCAUGUGAAGCUGGUUGAAAAAGAGUCCAAAGCUGUCAUCAAGGCAAAGGGUGGCUAUUUGAAGAUUCUCAAAUAUAAAAUAUACUUUGAUUUUUUACUACAAGAUUCCAUGUGUUAUUUCAUAGAUUUGAUGUCUUCACUAUUAUUCUACAAUGUAGAAAAUAGUAAAAAAAAUUAAGGAAAACCCUUGAAUGAGUAGGUGUUCUAAAACCUUUGACUAGUAGUGUAUGUGAAUGUCUCCAAACUAUUACCUGACUGGCUCCUCUCCCAGUACUGUGUCAACAUGAUCGUUUUUUUUUUUUUAUGUAGUUGAACAGAGUCCAGGACCAAGUGACCAGUUUGAAGACUUCAAAUGAAAGCCUUCAGAAGCAGGCUGAAGACAUAAUCAACAAACUGAAAGAGGAUAAGGAGCAGCAGGCUAGCAUGGAGGAGAAGUUUAGAAACGAGCUGAAUGCCAACAUAAAGCUCUCCAACUUGUACAAGGUAUGUAGAACAAGUCUUUGAUUUGUUUUGAAUUCCAAUGGAUAGUCCAUAGCUCUCCUAAUAAAGGCGGUCGUCAUUGCUAUCUUGAUGGUUUUUUUUUGUUGCCUUUUUUGUAGGUAAGCUUUUGGUGAACAUUUUAGUUAACUGGUUCAUGCUACAUUUUUGUGGUAAGUGCAUUGUUCCUUUCCCAACACUGGCCAACAACCCGUUACCUUGUCUUCCCAGGGAGCUGCUGCAGACUCUGAGUCCAAGAGUGAGGAAUUGAGUGGGGCUGUAGAGGAGCUGCACAAGCUGCUGAAGGAUGCUGGAGAGGGUGAGAGAGACCAGACAGACACCAUCUCAAUGCAAAACCUUCAAACACGGGCACUUGGUUUGCUUGUGACAAGUAGGCUACCUUUAUCCUCUCCUUUCCGCUCUACAGCGAACAAGGCCCUGGAGGUGAGGUUGCAGGAGAUGGAUGGCUGUCGGGACAAGGAGGCUGCUGAGCUGAAGGAGAGGAUCUCCAGUCUGGAGAAAGAACUGGAGAAUGCCAACGAACUGCUGUCCGACACCAAGCUCAGAGGUCAGGCCUUAGACACAAUUUCUUGCCUGGUUCUACUGAACAGUUGACUGGACUGUAAAAUUGCUUGAUUUCGGACAAUGUCUCUCAGAAUUAACAUAAUUACCAGCAGGUUUGAUUGUAUUUGAAUGUGCAUUAGAUGGCUAAUAUAAACUGUCCACUGACUGAUUUGUAUUAGGUUGAUGUGGCUUCUUUGAUCAUGCUCUGGAGACUUUAGUUCGAAAUGGAGAAUGAACUUUGACCCUGUGCAUGGUUGUGUGUGUCCAGGCCCUGCCGGUGCAGCCUCAGUGCUGUCAGAGGAAACGAUUACAACCAUGUCCCCGACUGCAGCCGCCGUGGCCAAGAUAGUCAAACCUGGCAUGAAGCUGACUGAGGUAACCACCGCAGUUGCACUGCUUUGGUGACAGAGGACUCUUCUAUGUCACAUAUUUAAACAUUGUCAUGUCACAUAUUUACUUAACAUUUACAGAAUUAAUCUGCAGAGAUUGACUUUGCUAAGAAAACGGUUAUAUUAAAAUACAAUGCUUAUAGUACCAAUGGUGGGACUGUAUAACUGUUUGAGCGACCUCUAUCUUCUCUCCAGUUGUACACAGCGUAUGUGGAGACCCAGGAGGCACUGCAGCUGGAGCGUGUGGAGAACAAGCGGGUGAAUAAGUACCUGGAUGACAUAGUGCAGGAGGUGGAGGCUAAGGGUCCCAUUCUCAAACGCCAGAGGGAUGAGCAUGAGCGCAUGCUGAAAUCUGUGGCCAGCCUGUCAGCAAAGCUGGAACAGGCAGUUAAGGUGUGUGGGUUUGAGUUUGUGCAUUUUAUUAUUGGCAUACAGAGUACCAAGAGACCUGUGUUAGUUAAACAUCUGAGGAUAUGUGAGGAUAAUUAGAAACCAAUCCAGUCAACUCCUGAUAAAUGCAAUGGCUUGGGAUGGUACUAAACUGUAGCAUGGAUGAUAUGAUGAGUUUCUCUGGUAUUAAGGAAGUCAGGAUGCAAGAAUACAAAUAAACUCUAAGAUGGAGAUUUGAUACAAUGUAUUUAAUUAUACGGCACCGGAUUCAACAUAACAAGCUGCAAGUGAGUUGCCUCUUGCUAUCAGAAUGAGAGACAAAGAGACCUCUCAAUUUAUAUACUUCAAGAUAAACAAGUUUUAACCAACAUCUGGCAACCAUCACUGGAAUACCCUCCCAACCGAGAUGGUACCAGCCGGCACCCCAGAUGGGACAGUCCCUCUAGAACUCAUUCUAAGAUAACGAACAGUGGUUCCUUCAGACUUUCUGGCUCCCAGAGUGACUUGAUAAAAUGGAUUGAACACAAUCCCAAAUCCUGUGUGAACACUUAAUAUCAAUGGAGCAUGUCCAGAGUAAGUGAAAAUAAAUGUAUUUGUGUUGGUGUUGGUGAACUACACUGCAUUGUAUUUUAGUUAGUUUCUGUCACGUGCACUACAGUGAAAUGCCUUUCUUGCUUGCUCUUUCCCUACAAUGCAGUAAUACUAUAACAAAUUAAUUUAAAAAAGUCUAGUACGAAAAAUAAAAAUAAGAACACGUGUAAGUGAUAUAUGCAUGAAUACAUACAGUACUAGUCAAGUUUGGACACCUAUUUAUUCAAGUAUUUAAAAAAAUUUUUUUUUAAACUAUUUUCUACCUUGUAGACAUUAAAACUAUGAAAUAACACAUGGAAUCAUGUUUUAACCAAAAAAAGCUGCUUUUCCUUCACUCUGCCAUCCAACUCAUCCCAAACCAUCUCAAUUGGUGAGAGGUCAGGUGAUUGUGGAGGCCAGGUCAUCUGAUGCAGCACUCCAUCACUCUCCUUCUUGGUCAAAUAGCCCUUACACAGCUUGGAGGUGUGUUGGGUCAUUGUCCUGUUGAAAAACAAAUGAUAGUCCCACUAAGCACAAACCAGAUGGGAUGGCGUAUCGCUGCAGAAUGCUUUGGUAGCCAUGCUGGUUAAGUGUGCCUUGAAUUCUAAAUAAAUCACAGACAGUGUCACCAGCAAAGCACCCCCACACCACCACCUCCAUGCUUCACGGUGGGAAAUACACAUGUGGAGAUCAUCUGUUCACCUACACUGCGUCUCACAAAGACACAGCGGUUGGAACCAAAAAUCUCACAUUUGGACUCCAGACCAAAGGACACAUUUCCACCGGUCUAAUGUCCAUGCUCGUGUUUUUUGGCCCAAGCAAGUCUCCUCUUCUUAUUGGUGUCCUUUAGUAGUGGUUUCUUUGCAGCAAUUCGACCAUGAAGGCCUGAUUCACACAGUCCCCUCUGAACAGUUGAUGUUGAGAUGUGUCUGUUACUUGAACUCUGAAGCGUUUAUUUGGGCUGGAAUUUCUGAGGCUGGUAACGCUAAUGAACUUAUCCUCUGCAGCAGAGGUUACUCUGGGUCUUCCUUUCCUGUGGCGGUCUUCAUGAGAGCCAGUUUCAUCAUAGCGCUUGAUGGUUUUUGCGACUGCACUUGAAGAAACUAAUUUAAAUGUUCUGGAUUGACUGACCUUCGACCUUCAUGUCUUAAAGUAAUGAUGGACUUUCGUUUCGCUUUGCUUAUUUGAGCUGUUCUUGCCAUAAUAUGGACUUGGUCUUUUACCAAACAGGGCUGUCUUCUGUAUACCCCCCUACCUUUUCACAACACAACUGAUUGGCUCAAACGCAUUAAGAAGGAAAGAAAUUCCACAAAUUAACUUUUAAGAAGGAACACCUCUUAAUUGAAAUGCAUUCCAGGUGACUCUCAUGAUGCUCGUUGAGAGCAUGCCAAGAGUGUGCAAAGCUGUCAUCAAGGGUGGCUAUUUGAAGAAUCUCAAAUAUAUAUAUAUAUAUAUAUAUAUAUAUACACACACACACACACACACACACACGGUCAGUUCCAGGGUCAGUGCCAAUACCAUAUUUACAAUGUGCAGGGAAACUGGAGUGAUAGAGGUAGAUAUGUAUAGGGGUAAGGUGACUAGGCAUCAGGAUAUAUGAUAAACAGUGUAGCAGCAGCGUAUAUGAUGAUUGUGUGUGUGUAGAGUCAGUAUGAAUGUGUGUGCGACGUGCGUGUUGUGUGUGUGUGUGAGCAAAUGAAGUGUGUGUAGAAUGUGCAUGGAGACAGUGCAAAAAUAAAAUGGAUUGGUCAAUGCAGAUAGUGUGUAGACAUUUUGUUAGCUAUUUAGCAGUCUUAUGGCUUGGGGAUAGAAGCUGUUCAGGAGCCUGUUGGUGUCAGACUUGAUGCUCCAGUACCGCUUGCUUUGGUUGCUAUUCGUGCACUGCACUUGCCUAUGACGUGCACUUAUAGUGUGGCAGAAACCAUUUAGUGGACUUAUAAGUAGUUACUGUGUGUUUCAGGAGGUGCACCGUCUGCAGAAGGUGACUGAUGAGGCCAACAAGCGCUCUUCUGUCCUGGAGAGAGACAACCAGAGGUCUGAGGUGCAGCUUGCAGACAUGGGGCAGCAGGUGGGGCCCAAACAGAACAUCCUGUCUUAUAACCUCACUAUUGUCAUAGAAUUAGGUGUGAAAAAUCAAUAACAAUGUAGAUAAUAAAAUGAGGGUUUUAGGUAUAAGGUUUAAUUGGGACAUAAUCAUUAACUUUUUCACCCCUCACCCCCUACCCUAACCCACCAGAUCCGUGUCCUACUCAUUGAACUGGAGGAGGCGCGUGGUAACCACGUAGCCCACGAUGAGGAGGUGAGCUCUGCUGACAUCAGCAGCACAUCGGAGGUCAUCACGCAGCACUUGGUGACAUUCCGUGGCGUGGAGGAGCUUCAGCAGCAGAACCAGCGCCUCCUGGUGGCCCUCAGAGAGCUCAGCGACGCACAGGAGAGAGAGGAGGCAGAGACCACUGGCACCAAGUGUGAUAUCCUUAAUUGUCCAUAUUUUUUGCCGAUCAUUUGUUUUGCUUUCAACCCCCCAAGAUAAGUGUCCAAUUACACUAGAUACUUUUGUGGAUCUGACAUUGUUGGAUGGGCAUAAGCAAUAUGGUGGUAGCUCCUGCUCCACCUUCCCCUUUGGUUUCCCUGUCUCAGUAAAAUGUUUCUGUCUGUGGAUAAAUAAAGGUAAUUCUAUUCUCCCCUCCCCCCAGGCGCAGUGAGCUGGAGUGCAGUCUGGAGAAGGCCCAGGCAGAGCUAGUGGCUCUGCGGGAGCAACGGAGCCACCAGAUGCAGCUGGCUGAGUCCAUCGUCAGGCAGAGAGACAUGUACCGAGUGCUGCUGGCCCAGGCCACCGGAGUCACCUUCCCUCAGCAAGGUCGGGUUCAGGUUAAUUCACAUUUCCUUCUUCAGGUCCUGAUGAGGCUAGUGUAGCAGAAACGUUCUAUAUGUGGGUGCAUGAAUAAAGCACAGGAGCAGCAUAUACCGUGUGCAGGCUUUUGGUUCAUAAGUAAUUUUAGGUCCAGCCCCGGUGGAGAACUUUGGGAUGUGUAUAUGUCACCUACAUACUGAUCUUUUGACCCCUUGUCUCAGGUGCAGCAGCCGCCGAGGAGUUCUCCUUGACCUCCACCCCUCGCCGCUCCCCGGCCGCCACCCCCACCACGCCCACUGGAAUCAUUACUAUGGCGACAGAGUCAACCGAGGCGGUGGAGGCCAAGGCAGCCCUCCGACAGGUGAGCCCCCACAAUCAUCUGCGCUUGUGUGUUUGACACGUUUUCUUAGUCACUAGAGGGCAGUAUAUACCUACUAACUACUGGAAUUCUGUGACGUCUACUGUUUUAAUAUUGAAAACGGUACUCUGCAAAUCAGUGUACAUGUAUACAGCAUUGCUUGAUACAUCAAACAUUCUGUCCUUUUUGUUGCACCAAACCACCAUGAUAGAUCACAAACAAUAUCCUUCAAUCAGGUUUACACAAAAUGGUUGCAGUACUCUUAUCUAAAGGAACGUCUUGUUUUGUGUGUUUUAGUUGCAGGAGGUGUUCUCGUCCUAUAAGAGGGAGAGGGCUGAGAGUGUCAAGGCCCUGGCGGAGCAGAGUGAGAAGCUACAGGAGCAGGUGUCUGAGCAGAGAUCCCAGAACGCCAAGAUAUCCACCCAACUGGAGUUUACCUCCAAGAGGUAAGAGCAUUGCACAGCACUCUCAGGUCACUAUUCAACACAAUGGCACACGAUUAGGGUUGCAAAAUUCUGGGAACUUUCCCUAAAUUCCCUGUUUUUUUUUUCAGAAGGUGUUUUGGACAUUUAUCUUUCUCUGUGAACUUGGGAACAUGAAGUUAUUUCAGAAUAUUUUGCAAAGUUCGCUUGAUAACUUACUGAACCUGCCUGGUGACGUGCCCCCCCAGGUAUGAGAUGCUUCAGGAUAAUGUGGAGAGCUACAGGAAGGAGAUUGCCUCUCUGAUGGAGAAGGGACAGAAGAUGGCUGCUGCAGCCCAGAAGAGUGAGCAGACUGUUCACACCAUGACCCAGGACCUGAGGGUUGCACAGGAGAAACUAAACAUGGCAGAGGUGUGUACCUCUAUGUUUGUGUGUUCCAAGUAUUUUGUUAAUUGUUAGAAAAAAUACAAUACUUACUCUCACUCUCGUAAUGUGUGUUUGUUAGUGGUUUGCUCCGAAUUUCUAUACAUGCAUUACGUCUAGUUUCGAAGCCACAGUUGAGCUGAGUGUUUUCCUCCUCCAGGGUCGUGCUGAGAGCCUCAGGAAGGAGAGAGAUAUGCUGAAGCUAGUGGAGUCCAGACUGACCCAGGAGAAGGAGACCAUCCAGACUCAACAACGAGGACAGAACAUGCUGCUCACCAACCUCAAGACCAUACAGGUACACACAUACAGACACACACCAAUCUCAAGACAAUAGAUACAUCUCACACUAACCACUCAUAAAAUGGUGGCUGCACUGUUCUCUCUGCGUUCGUGUCAUGUUUUAACUGUUCCCUUCCCGGUGUGCUCAUCCAGGCCACAUUGGAGCGCUCCGAGACAGAUACCAGGCAGCGUCUGAACGCCCAGAUAGAGAAGCAGGAGAGAGAGAUCGGCCAGCUGCAGAAGAGACUGGAGCACGAGGUGGAGCAACGCCACCUGCUGAGCAGAAACCAAGAUGUAAGUCCAUCCAAGAAUCAUCCCAGGUCCAACCACACCCCCCCCCCCCCACUCUACCUGGAUUCUAUCCAUCUUUCUCCUCUAAUAUAACACUUAUAAAUUUUUCCCCAAGAGACUUGUUUCAAAAAAGCAAAACUCAAGCAUUUGUUACAUACUAUACAUAAAAUCAACCCUUCCUCCCCUCUCCCCAUCCAGUUGCAACUGAUGGAUGCCAAGAGGCAGCUGGAGACUCAGAUUGCCCUGCUCCAGAAGACCAGGGAUCAGCUGAGUGCUGCCCAGCUGGAGGUGAGCUCUCUCAGGCUGCAGCAGGGCAGUGGAGAGGGUGGUCGUCUGUCCCUGAGCACCCCGUCGACUCCCAUGGGCCUCAGAGGUAAGAGUACAUACAAUGUUACAGAAUCACAUCAGGUUCACUGCCUUCUGAGACAUCAUAGUGUUCUGGAACCACUCAUAGAAGUUCUUAUAGCCUGAAUGUUGGAAUGGCUCGAAUGUGGAUAGUACUCAGUUGGAGUUUUCUUCAAUACACAGGCACUUACACAAUUACUAUUUUAAAUCCCAGUUUGUUGUCCUGUCUUUAAAUAGCCUCUGAUCUUUUUCAAAUGUCACAGCUAAAUGUCAGACUUAAAGAUGCAGUAAUGUCAGAAGCUAGCAGAUUCGUUACUUACCAACAACAGCUGCAAAUUCCAAUAAAAAUACGUCACGUUUUGAAGUUCACUUUCCUUGCUUUGUCUAACACGGUCAUGAAUCAACAAAUAGGUUUUGUGGGUCAGAGUGCAGUAUUUAUUUAGUUUCAUAGCUCAAACGUUUGUUAGCACGUUUCCUUAUUAAAGCUGUGGGAUGUGUCCUAGUUUUCCAUGUAGCUAUAGGUCAGGUCAGUGUCUACAGCUAUGCUUUCAUUAGUUUGUCUUAUGACAUUUUAUAGGAAAUGUAGUAAAACAGGCUAAAUAAAACCCUGAAACAGUCCUGGAGGGUGUGUUGUUCUGGGGCAUGCACCAUUAGCAGUGUUAUGGAGGUUUCAUUAGGGUUCUCCUGGAUUUUCGUUCUAUGCUGCCCAUGCCAGCUGUGAUCUCAGUCUUUGGCACUUACCUCUUUCUCUCCUUACCUCUCCUCACCAGUCUUCUCCUCUCAACUCCCCACCCCUCCAGGUCUCCAGGUUUCAGAAGGGGACUCUGAGGAUCUGCAUGGCCGCCUGAGGCAGGCCGAGACACGGGCAGAGGAGCUGACGGAGCAACUGAGGACAGCCACCUCCAGCAUGGAGCUGUACAGAGCCAUGGCCCAGAGCCUAGAGGAGUCCCUGGACAAGGAGAAGCAGGUCAGGACUCCACCCUGGCCCCUUCGUAGUGUACCUCCCUGGCCCCUAACCCCUUAGUAGGAUACUAGCCUGGCACCUAAACCCUUAGUAGGAUACUAGCCUGGCCCCUAAACCCUUAGUAGUAUACCACCCGAGCCCCUUACUUCUUAGCAGUGCGCUAAGCUCUUAAAGUGAUAGUGCAAGAUUCUGGCAAUUAAGCUGUUUUUCUACUUACCCAGAGUCAGAUGAACUCGUGGAUACCAUUGUAUGGUAUGCUAGUGUACCUGUAGACUUCCAGUUAUUGCGCUAAUGCUUGUUAGCAUUGGCUCACAAAACGACCUUUAACUUCGUCAUACUGUACGCAGAGACAUACAAAUGGUAUCCACAAGUUCUUCUCGCACUGUCCCUUUAAAAUGAGGACAACCAUGCAUGACCUUCCAACUUUAGUCCUCAAACCCUAUCCCUCAUGCCUUUAUUCAGACCCGUAUCAUAAACGGUACAGCCCUAACUCUCUCUCGCACUCUCUCCCUCUCGUCUCUCUAGGUGACAGAGCAGGCUCGGUCUGCCAUCGAGGAGCGUGUGAAGGAGGCCCAGGAGCAGCACCGUCAGCUGGAGAAAAAGCUCCUGGAGGCAGAGAAGGAGAAGCAGGGCCUUCAGGAGGAGAAGAUUAAAGACCUGGCUUCUGUUGAGCAGCAGGUACGAAGCAGAGAGGACCAUUGCUAAACAUCUAUGCCCUUGCAGUACUUUAUUAUGACUAUUAAGGGAACAUUUCCACACUGUAUAGCUCAAAUGGUAGCUGAAGCGUUCAGUAUUAUUUAACCACAUCCAGUGCACACCAUAGGUGCUGGGUUCACACAAUGCAGGGGUCCCCAUUGUUCCAUGUUGAAUAAAUUAACACAUUUAAUUUCUAAAUUCCUGUUUUCCUUAUCCCUGUGUGUGUCAGGUGGCUGAGCUGAGAAGGAGUCUAAGCAGUGUCCAGGCGGACCACCAGGAGGCGCUACAGAGGGCUGCAGUGGCAGCAGCCCAGGAACAGCAGGCCAUACUGGACAGCCAGGAGCAGGUGAGAGGGAGAAGUGGGCCGUGGCUAAUUGGCCCUUAUCUUGUUGUAGUGGUGUCCCAACUUUUCACAUGGCAUAUCUGACUAAGCUAUUUGCUACCUUGUUUUCCACAUGCCUGCUAUAGAGCGUUACCUAGCCUGAUUGUCUCUAACCCAAGUACAUGUAAACCAUGAUACUGGUUCAUACAUCCAUAUCAACUACAUUAUGUAUUGCAUUCCAGCUAGAAGGUCAGCUAAAGCUUGUCUGUAAUGCUGGUCUUCUCCUCCCUCCCAGGCCAAGCUGGCGUCAGAGGGACAGGAUAAGUAUGAGCGUGAGAUGAUGCUCCACGCUGCAGAUGUGGAAGCCCUCCAGGCAGCUAAGGCCCAGGCCCUGCAGGCAGCCACGCUCAGACAGCAGCUGGAGGAGAGGGCCCAGAGAGCCUCUGCUCAGCUGCUGGAGGCCAGAGUCUCCUGGGAAGAACAGGAGAGGAUCCUCAAGGUAUGUAGUUGCAGUCGAUUGAUUGCAGUAAAAGGAGAUGCUUAUAUUAUUUAUAAUAGAUAUGGUGUUUGUGGCAAAUGGUUAGAGGUGUAGAUGGUGAUAGUGUAAAAUAGAUUUUUACACUUGUGUUGUAGUUGGACGCUUGCUAGUGAUUGUAAACUGCCACUCACGUUUGCAAGGGUUGUACAGUUUACAUAGUUGGUGUACACCACAAGGCUGUAAUGUGCAUGAACUCUCUCUGUCAGGAGGAGAUGUCUAAGGUGACGUCUCGUUCUGAGGAGCUGCAGAGGCAGAACAGUCUCCUCCAUGAACAGAUUCAGACCAUGAGCAGCAAGAUGGCCGCCACCAUGCAGCGCCAGGCCAACGAGAGCCCUCUGAACAUCUCCCUCACGGAGGAAGGCAAGUCUCAGGACCAGGUCCUUGAGAUACUCAGGUAAUGGUCUUUCUCUCCCCCCCUCUCUGUCUAUUAGCAGAGCUAGAGCAAGUCUGCCAUUUAAAUCCAAAUUCACGCAAUCACUUCACUCCUACAACACCCUUUUCUCUCAUCAUAUCCUCUGUCCCCUCCCUGUCGUGCUGCAGGUUUGUGCGCCGGGAGAAGGAGAUAGCGGAGUCUCGAUUCGAGGUGGCCCAAGGAGAGAGUCUUCGCCAUAGGCUGAGAGUGGAGCACCUGGAGAGAGAGCUGAGAGAACUACAGGAGCGCCUUAGUGCUGAGAGAGAGCGGAUGCAGGUGAGCUGGACACUAUGGACAGCCAAUGAGUUAUGGCUUCAUGGGGUAGUUUCCUGGACACAGGUUAAGCAUAUUCCUAGACUAAAACGCCCUUUCAAUGGAGAGUGGAAAAACAGAUUUUGUUCAUAAAUGAAGAGCGUGUGGGUGAUUAGAGAAAUGGCAGUUCAAGAUGAUCAUAUAAUAUCAGUGCUGCUUAUGACCUUUAACCCUGACCCCAGGUGACAGCUAAGACCCUGGCUCAGCACGAUGAGCUGAUGAAGAAGACUGAGACCAUGAGUGUCCUGAUGGAGACCAACAAGAUGCUGAGGGAGGAGAAGGAGAGGAUGGAACAGGAGCUCCAGCAGACACAGGCUAAAGUAAAACAGCAGGAUUACUUUCUCGGGGUCAAAUCACCAAACUUUGGUUAAGAUCACAGUUUUUGUUUAUUUUAUUAUUAAUAUUUAUUUUUUACCCCUUUUUCUCCCCAAUUUCAUGGUAUCCAAUUGGUAGUUAGUCUUGUCCCAUCUGCGAAGUUUGAGAGCCGUGAGUCCUCCAAAACACAACCCAACCGAGCCGCACUGCUUCUUGACACAAUGUCCGCUUAACCCGGAAGCCAGCCGCACCAAUGUGUCGGAAGAAACACUGUACACCUGGCGACCGUGUCAGCGUGCACUGCGCCAGGCCCGCCAAGGGAGUCGCUAGUAUGCGAUGGGACAAGAACAUCCCUGCCGGCCAAACCCUCCCCUAACCUGGAUGACGCUGGGCCAAUUGUGCGCCUCCCCAUGGGUCUCCUGUUCGCGGCCGGCUGCGACAGAGCCUGGACUCGAACCAGGAUCUCUAGUGCCUUAGACAACUGCGCCACUCGGGAGGCCUACAAAAUUCAAUCUUAAGGCAUUUUUCUCUGGAAACCUUCUGUGAAUUUGGUCCCAAUUUCUUUGGGGGGGCCUGUUUUAGACAAGAGGCCCAACCUUUUUUUCUCUGUUUUGAUUGACAUUUUCUUCUAUUUCUCUCUCUCUCUCUCCCUGUCUGUCAGGUGCGUAAGCUGGAGUCAGACAUAAUGCCCAUGCAGGAGUCCAACGCUGAACUGAGUGAGAAGAGCGGCAUGCUCCAAGCAGAGAAGAGGAUUCUGGAAGAGGACAUCAAACGCUGGAAGGCCAGAACACAGGUUAGUGUUCUUCCUGACACAAUCUGUCCCAAUCAUAUGAUAACAUACCCAUGAGAUAUUACUCUAUGACAGAAAAUAAAACCAUAAAAACAUUCUCAAAGUACUGAUACCACGCUUGAACGAUACCUUGUUCCUUGUGACUCCAUUUGUCAAAGGUCCGAAAGCCUGUCUAUUGACUGGAUUUGAAACGUAAUGUGUUCUGUUCUGUUUGACUACUGUGUGUCCCCUUAGCACCUGGUGAGCCAGCAGAAGGACACAGACCCAGAGGAGUACAAGCGUCUCCACUCUGAGAAGGAGGCUCACAUCAAACGCAUCCAGCAGCUCACUGAGGAGACGGGCAGGCUCAAGGCUGAGGUGGCCAGGUGAGAGUUAGCCUAGUCCGUAAUACAAACAGAAUAUAUAGCCUGGAAUCCAAAACGGAAUAUUGCUCAGUUUGACUAUUCUGUUAUUACAUGGUACCAACAACAGCAAGGAGCUGAAUUACUUGAUACAAUUAACAAAAUAGGCUCCUCAUUAAAAAGCAUCAUGCUACACAAUGAAUUGGCAAGCAACACAAUACAUAGAAAUUUUGAAAAUCUGAUGAUUGUACUAUAAAUAGUCUGUUUGGAUGUUAUGUAUUAAUGCAUGAUCUCCCUGUAGGAGUGGCGGCUCGGUGACAACCCUGCAGAACCAGGUGCAGAUGCUGCGUGAGGGCCUGGGGAAGGUGAGCUCUGAGAGGGAUGCUCUGAGGAGGAGCGUGGAGGCAAAGAACCUGGACAUCCAGGAGAAGUUCCGCACCAUCACUCAGGUCAAGAAGAUCGGCCGCCGCUACAAGACCCAGUAUGAGGAGCUCAAGGUGGAGCACGACAAGGUCAGUUGGUGAAACACCUGGUGCCUGUUCUGGUUUCGUACAGGGCAAAGUUAUUUAAAAAAAAUAUUGAUUUGUAACUAAGCUGUUUCCAGAAACCUAGCCUUGAAUUCACUCACUCUUAAUCUCAAUCGUUUUCUCAUGAAACUAAUAAUAACCCUACUCAUGUUGUCACUGAAUAACAAAUGUGCUGGUUUAGGUGGGACCAAGUCGAACACUCAAUGUCUAAUCUGAUAUCCUUGAUUAAAUAGACACUGUGUGAAUUCUGCCAUAUUGUGUUGGACUGAUGGACUGAGUGUUGGACUGAUCUCCUCUCCAGAUGGUGUCGGAGGCAGCGUCCACCCCAGCCCAGGAGCAGGAGGCCCAGCAGGCCUCGGCCCAGGAGCUCCAGGGUCUGAGAGACUCCCUGGGACAGGCUGAGACCCGGACCAAAGACCUGGAGGGACAGCUGGACAACCUCAACAAGGUCCGGCAGUGUUUCCCCUGUACUUUUUUCCCAGGCAACAUCCAGGAUAACUUUCACCAUAAUUGUAAAUGCCUAUUGGGCAGAGGGUUAAGAGAAACACUGGGUCAGAAUGGGUGGUAAAGGUGCCUGGUUGUUUAAAACUAUAUUCCCAACCCAAACCAUGGUGUGUUCCUCUCAGGUGGUGGGUGAGCGUGACGCAGAGGUGCGCGGGGCCCAGGAGCAGGCCACCAGGCUGCAGACAGAGCUGACCAGGCUGAGACAGGAGCUGCAGGAGAAGGCCUCCCAGGAGGACACCCUCAGACAGCAGAUGGCUGAGAAGGAAGAGAAGACCAGGAAGGCCUUAGUAGGGGCCAAGCAGAAGAUCAACCAGCUCAUGGGUAAGAGGCCAUGCCAGACAACCUGACUGUGGAGCAAGCUUGUGUGUUGGUUUGAGUCUGGCUGAGGUUUGCAUAGAGGUAUAUAUUUACGGCCAAAUAUAUUGGCACCCUUGCACUUCUUAAAUAAUUCCCUAUUUCUUCUAAAAUAAGUUGAAAUUGAAAAACGCUUUUGGUCUCCACACCUUGUUACAGUUUUUAUUUAGAAAAUUAAGACAAAUGACAUGGACAAAGUUAUUGGCACCUUGGAGCUAGUACUUGGUUGCACAGCCUUUGGGCAAGAUUACUGCAGAUAAAUGCUUCAAUGAGCUCGCUGCACCUUUUUACUAGCAAUUUGGCCCACUGUUCAGCAGCAAACUGCUCUAAUUCUUACAUUUUUGAGAGGUGCCCACCAACUGCUGUUUUCAGAUCUCGCCAUAGGUUUUGGAUGGGUUUUGGACUCUUCACUGGUCACUCCAGAACACUCCAAUGUUUCUUCUUGAACCAUUCCUGGGUGCUUUUUGAUGUGUGUUUGGGGUCGUUGUCCUGCUGGAAGACCCACAACCUUCAAUGGAGACUCAGUUUUUGGACACUGGGUUGAACAUUGGACUCCAAAACACCUGAUAAUCUGCUGAUUUCAUGAUGCAUUGCGUACGUUCAAGGCCCCCAGUACCAGAGACAGCAAAGCAACCCCACAGCAUUAUCAAACCUCCAUGUUUGAUUGUAGGGAGGGUGAUCUUUUCAUUGAAUGCUUCAUUUGGUUGUCGGUAAACACAGCGGUGAUCUGUAAUUUUGAUAGAUUGGUCCACAGAACAUUUCCCCCAGGAUUCAGGCUUGUUUAGGUGGGUUUUUGAGAAGUUCAAUCAGGCUUUCUUGUCUCCUUCAGCAGUGGGGCCUUCCUAUGUUUACCAAUUACCAAAUUAAGCAUUCCACUCCUGAGUGGCGCAGUGGUCUAAGGCACUGCAUCGCAGUGCUAACUGUGCCACUAGAGAUCCUGGGUCGAAUCCAGGCUCUGUCGCAGCCGGCCGCGACCGGGAGACUCAUGGGCGGCGCACAAUUGGCCCAGCGUCGUCCAGGGUAGGGGAGGGAAUGGCCGGCAGGGAUGUAGCUCAGUUGAUAGAGCAUGGCGUUUGCAAUGCCAGGGUUGUGGGGUCGAUUCCCACGGGGGGGUCAGUAUAAAAAAAAAUGUGUAUUCACUAAACUGUAAGUCGCUCUGGAUAAGAGCGUCUGCUAAAUGACUAAAAUGUAAAAUGUAAAUGUAAAGAAAUAACCCCCUCCCUACAACCAAACAUUGGGAAGUUUCGAUAAUGCUGUGGGGUUGCCUUUGGUACUGGGGACCUUGAACGUGUGCAAGACAUAAUGAAAUAAGCAGAAUGUCAAGAUGUUUUGGAGUGCAAUGUUAAACCCAGUGUCCAAAAACGGGGUCUUUGUUGAAGUUUGUGGGUCAAAUCACAUUUUAUUGGUCGCAUACACAUAUUUAGCAGAUGUUAUUGUGGGUGUAGCGAAAUGCUUGUUCCGCUCUCUAACAGUGCAGUAGUAUCUAACAAUACACACAUCUAAAAUAAUGGAAUUAAGAAAUAAACGUCCUCUCGCUGUCAACUGCGUUUAUUUUCAGCAAACUUAACAUGGGUAAAUAUUAGUAUGAACAUAACAAGAUUCAACAACUGAGACUCAAACUGAACAAGUUCCACAGACAUGUGACUAACAGAAAUUGAGUAAUGUGCCCCUGAACAAAGGGGGGUCAAAAUCAAAAUUAACAGUCAGUAUCUGGUGUGGUCACCAGCUGCAUUAAGUACUGCAGUGAAUCUCCUCCUCAUGGACUGCACCAGAUUUGCCAGUUCUUGCUGUGAGAUGUUACCCCACACUUCCAACAAGGCACCUUCAAGUUCCCGGACAUUUCUGGGGGGGAAUGGCCCUAGCCCUCACCCUCCGAUCUAACAGGUCCCAGACGUGCUCAAUAGGAUCCGGGCUCUUCGCUGGCCAUGGCAGAACACUGACAUUCCUGUCUUGCAGGAAAUCACGCACAGAACGAGCAGUAUGGCUGGUGGCAUUGUCAUACUGGAGGGUCAUGUCAGGAUGAGCCUGCAGGAAGGGUACCACAUGAGGGAGGAGGAUGUCUUCCCUGUAACGCACAGCGUUGAGAUUGCCUGCAAUGACAACAAGCUCAGUCUGAUGAUGCUGUGACACACCGCCCCAGACCAUGACGGACCCUCCACCUCCAACUUGAUCCCGCUCCAGAGUACAGGCCUCGGCCAUCACCCCUGGUGAGACAAAACCUCGACUUUGUCAGUGAAGAGCACUUUUUGCCAGUCCUAUCUGGUCCAGCGACAGUGGGUUUGUGCCCAUAGACGACGUUGUUGCCGGUGAUGUCUGGUGAGGAUCUGCCUUACAACAGGCCUACAAGCCCUCAGUCCAGCCUCUCUCAGCCUAUUGCGGACAGUCUGAGCACUGAUGGAGUGAUUGUGCGUUCCUGGUGUAACUCGGGCAGUUGUUGUUGCCAUCCUGUACCUGUCCCGCAGGUGUGAUGUUCGGAUGUACCGAUCCUGUGCAGGUGUUGUUACACGUGGUCUGCCACUGCGAGGACAAUCAGCUGUCCGUCCUGUCUCCCUGUAGCGCUGUCUUAGUCGUCUCACAGUACGGACAUUGCAAUUUAUUGCCCUGGCCACAUCUGCAGUCCUCAUGCCUCCUUGCAACAUGCACAUUCACGCAGAUGAGCAGGGACCCUGGACAUCUUUCUUUUGGUGUUUUUCAGAAUCAGUAGAAAGGACUCUUUGGUGUCCUAAGCUUUCAUAACUGUGACCUUAAUUGCCUACCAUCUGUAAGCUGUUAGUGUCUUAACGACCGUUCCACAGGUGCAUGUUCAUUUAAUUGUUAAUGGUUCAUUGAACAAGCAUGGGAAACCGUGUUUAAACCCUUUACAAUUAAGAUCUGUGAAGUUAUUUGGAUUUUUACAAAUUAUCUUUGAAAGACAGGGUCCUGAAAAAGAGACGUUUUCUUUUUUUGCUGAGUUUAUAUUAGUAUUAGGACAAGCAAUGUCGGAGUGGCAUUGACUAGAAUACAGUAUAUACAUAUGAAAUUAGUAAAACGGUAUGUAAACAUUAUUAAAGUGACCAGUGUUCCAUGUCUAUGUACAUGGGGCAGCAGCCUCUUAAGGUGCAGGGUUGAGUAACUGGGUGGUAGCCGGCUAGUCACAGUGACUAAGGGCAGGGUACUAGGUGGAGGCCGGCUAGUUAAGUCUGAUGGCCUUGAGAUAGAAACUGUUUUUCAGUCUCGGUCCCAACUUUGAUGCACCUGUACUGACCUCGCCUUCUGGAUGAUAGCGGGGUGAACAGGCUGUGGCUCGGGUGGUUGAUGUCCUUGAGGAUCUUUUAGCCUUCCUGUGACAUCGGGUUCUGUAGGUGUCCUGGAGGGCCGGUACAGUUGCCUCUGGAGAGCCCUGCGGUUGCGGGCAGUACAGUUGCCGUACCAGGCGGUGAUACAGCCCGACAGGAUGCUCUCAAUGGUGCAUCUGUAAAAGUUUGUGGGGGUCUUAGGGGCCAAGCUGAAAUUCUUCAGCCUCCUGAGGUUGAAGAGGCGCAGUUGCGCCUUCUUCACCACACUGUCUGUGUGGGUGGACCAUUUCAGAUUGUCAGUGAUGUGUACGCUGAGGAACUUGACGUAUUUCACCUUCUCCAGUGUGCUCCCUCUGCUGUCUGAAGUCCACGAUCAGCGCCUUCGUUUUUUUGAGGCAGAGGUUAUUUUUUCCUGGCACCACUCCGCCAGGGCCCUCACCUCCUCCCUGUAGGCUGUCUCGUCAUUGUUGGUAAUCAGGCCUACUACUGUUGUUGUCUGCAAACUUGAUGAUUUGAGUUGGAAGCGAGCGUGGCCAAGCAGUUAUGGGUGAACAGGAAGGGGCUGAGCAUGCAUAUUCAACCAUAUUCCCACUCACCUUGCCGUGGUUAAAUGCGGUGGUUCGCGCUUUCAGUUUUGCAUGAAAGCUGCCAUCUAUGCACAGUUUUUGGUUUGGGUAGGUUUUAAUAGUCACAGUGGGAACAACAUCCCCUAUACACUUUCUGAUGAACUCAGUCACUGUGUCAGUGUAUAUGUCAAUGUUAUUCUCAGAGGCAACCCGCAACAUAUCCCAGUCCGCGUGAUCAAAACAAUCUUGAAGCAUGGAUUCCGAUUGGUCAGACCAGCAUUGAAUAGACCUUAGCACGGGUUCUUCCUGUUUUGAGUUUCUGCCUAUAGGAAGGGAGGAGCAGAAUGGAGUCGUGAUCUGAUUUGCCCAAGGGAGGGCGGGGGAGGCCCUUGUAGUCAUCCCGGAAGGGAGACUGACAAUGGUCGAGAGUUUUUGAAGUGCGAGUACUAGAGGACUGAUAGAACUUCAGUAGCUUUUUCCUCAUUUGCUUUGUUAAAGUCCCCAGCUACAAGAAAUACGCCCUCAGGAUAUGUGGUUUCCAGUUUUCACAAAGUCCAGUGUAGUUCCUUGAGGGCCAUCGUGGUAUCGGCUUGAGGGGGAAUAUUCACGGCUGUGACUAUAACCGAAGAGAAUUCUCUUGAGGUAAUACGGUCGGCAUUUGAUUGUGAUGGUCAUCCAGCAGAGCAACAACCCCAACCACAUAUCCAAAAGCACCCAGGAAUGGUUCAACAAGAAACACUGAACUGUUCUGGAGUGGUCAGGGAAGAGUCCAGAUCUUAGGCACCCCUCAAACAUUCAAGAAUUAGAGUAGUUUGCUGCUGAAGAGUGGGCCAAAUUGUCGGUAUAAUAAAUUUUUUACAUUUUAGUCAUUUAGCAGAAGCUCUUAUCCAGAGCGACUUACAGUUAGUGAGCGCAUUCAUUUUCAUACUGCCCCCCCGUGGGAAACGAACCCACAACCCUGGCGUUGCAAGCGCCAUGCUCUACCAACUGAGCUACACUGGGCCAUCAAGUUUAUUGGUGCAGCAAGUUUAUUGCUGGCUACAAGAAGCAUUUGUAAACCGUUAUCUUGGCCAAAGGCCGUGCAAGCAAGUACUAACUCCAUGGUGGCAAUAAUUUUGUCCGUGCCAUUUGUCUUUAUUUAAAAAAUAAAUAAUUUAAACUUAAGUUUGACAAAAAUGUAUUUGGUUCUGCAAUGUUAAAAAUCCAAUAAGGUGUGGAGACCAAUUUUAUUUUCAAUUUCACCAUAUGAGAAGAAAUAGGGAAUUAUUUUAAAGGUGCAAUAUGCAGAAAUCGCCGUUUUCAAAUAAAAUGUUAUUUGUUACAUGCACUGAAUACAAAAGGUGUAGAACUUAUGAGCCCUUAACCAACAAUGCAGAGUUUUUAAAAAAGUAAAAAAAUGUGCUAACUAAAGAAAAAUAGUAACACAAUAAAAAUAACAAUAAUGAGGAUAUAUACAAGGGAUACCGGUAUCGAAUAGUUUGCCUCAUUUCAGUUUGACAAAACAAGAAUCAUUAUCGCGUCUAAACUGCUGUGAAAUAUCACUCAAGAACAUAUAUAUAUAUAUAUAUAUAUUUUAAGCUAUUUGAAUCUGGUGUACAAAACUGAAAGGGAAAAAAAGGAAAAACAAAACUUAAGCAUAGAAAUAGUGCCCACUCACAUUUCUGUGAAUUUGGUCGGUUCACCCAAAAAGUUACAUAUUGCAGCUUUAAGAAAAGUGCAAGGGUGCCAAUAUAUUUGUCCGCAACUGUAUGUGAAUGCUGAUCUCUGAUAUUUUUUGUCUUGUCAUCCAAACGUUUGCUGGGUGGUAAAAAAGAAAAGAAAAGGGGGGACCUUUUUGACCCUAUCCCAUCCUCCUCCCCAGGCUCCAAGGACCAGCUGCAGAAGGAAAAUGAGGAGCUGAAGCAGCAGCGGGAGGAGCUGGAGGUCAGGGUCAGUGCUCUGAAGUCCCAGUACGAGGGCCGUCUGAGCCGCCAGGAGAGGGAGCUGCGGGACCUGAGGGAACAGCAGGAGAGACACGGAGAGCAGAGGGAUGAGCCUCCUGAACAGGGUCCCAGCAAGGUGAGAGAUGGAGGGGUUAAUGGAGGCAUAGAUUUCAAUAGAGCACUUGUGCUUUCUACCCGACUAGCCUGGAUUGCUAUUAAUUUUUCCUCCUCUCCUACCUAUAGGCCCAGGAACAGCAGAGGACCACAGAGCAGCGAGGACCACUGAAGACCACCCCAGCUGCAGACAGGGGCAGGUGAAGUAUUCACACACACUCUCUCUCCCGCACACACACUCACUACACUUGGAUAACUUGUGCAAUAACGUUUUCACCUGUUGUAUUUCCCCUUCCCCAUAGCGCCAGUACCUCUGAGCCCCCUACUGCCAACAUCAAGCCCACCCCUCUAGGGGCCCAAGGCCCCAGCAAGCCCCCUGCCAACCCCGGGAACAAGUCCACCCCCCGGGCCAGCAUUCGGCCCAUGAUCACCCCCGCCACCGUGCCCACCCCCACCCCUACUGCCACCGUCAUGCCCACCACACAGGUGGAGAACCAGGAAGGUGAGGAGUUCUGUGGAACCAAUAUCACUGUUGGCAUGAUGUGAAUGUUAUAGCAUAAAUAUUUGAGUAUUGGUCAUUUUUAAAGCACAGGAUGGCUGUCUGUGAAGUGUUUUGGUAGUUGAAGUGCACUUUAUUACUUGAAUCGGAUGAGAUCCAUGAGGGGGAGAAUGAGCACAUUUCAGACGGAUGGAGAAUCAGACCGCAGCCAUGGUAUUUCCCUCUCUGAACUGUAUUGACCCUGUCACCUCUGACCCCUACAGCCAUGCAGUCAUCCGAGGGCCCGCUGGAGCAUGUGACAGUGUACGGCAGUGCCAGUGGUUCAGUACGGUCAACCAGCCCCAAUGUUCAGACCACCAACCCAAUGCUGGUGGUCCAGCAGACCCAGACCCAGACUACAGCCUUCGUCCAACCAACACAGCAACAGAGCCUGCCCCACACUGAACCAGCCAAUCAGGAGCAGCCCCCUGCCCCAGUCGUCAUGGAAGCGGCACCCAGUUCGCAAAUAGAGAGGCCGUCGACGUCCACAGCUGUGUUUGGGACAGGUGAGAGAUGGGAUUAAAUCUAACCAAGAGUUUCUAUAGAUUUGGGGUGUAGUAGCGUUGUCUAACUAAGCUUAAGGGUUGGCAAUGAGUGAAGUUCUCGCUGCAUUACCACUGGUCCUCUAAUAUUGAAUUAACUGCAUAUCUACCAAGUUAGAAAUGUGUAUUUUCCAAUUCUACAGUUUCAGCCACCCCAGGUACAUCCUCCAUGUCCAAGAGAUCUCGUGAGGAGGAGCAGGACAGCUCUAUGGUGACCGACACAGACACCACCCAGGAGGACCCCUCUGAACCCCCCAUGCCCAAGAAGCUACGCAUCAUUCAGAGAGUCGACCCAGAGGAGCCAGAGGCCCAGGAGGAGGUGCUGGCUGAGGGCAGUGCAGAGGAACUGGUGCCUGGAGAGAGCCAGGAAGCCCCAGACACCAGCCAGGUAUGUGUGUGAUACCCACCCUAUCUCGAGAGGCUGCUGAUAUAGUCUUUCAGUCUGGUUUGUGUGUCUGUAAUCAUGUGUUUGUAUCAGCAGGUGGUGGAGGAGUACCCAGUAUUAGAGGAGGCUGAAGAGGAGGGGACAGCGUCUCAGUCAGUCCCUGUAGAGCUGCUCCUGUCCCAGCAAAUAGCUAUCACGUUCUCAUACGACGCCAACGAAGAACCCCCCCAGCACGAUGUCAUCGUCAUAGUGACUGACUCGGAGAGCGAGGACGAGCAGCAGCAGCAGGAGGAGGUGGAGGAUGAUGAGGAAGAGGAACCGGUAUGGACUAAGGGAAUCGACUGUUGUCAAUGGAAAUAUUUUAGUUGCUAGACACUUUAAUUGAGCCUUCUCUAAGCCCCCCCCCCCCCCCCCCCGGUUACUGUUACAACAUUUUCCCGGGAAGCCCAAUUCUCCCUUCUAACCGCUGGCGAAGUCCCCUCACAAUGAUCUCAUACUGUGUUUUUAGUACACAAUUAAAUUAAACGGACUACCCCUUGCUAAUCAGGAGACUCUCAGGUAGGUCGUGGUGGACUGUCAUUACAAUUGCUUCACAGGAACCUGGUAAAAUGAAGGUUGUAGUGUGGCUAGCCACUGGAUGGCUCUGAAUGCACUGUCAGCAUGCAGUCAGUUACUAACACCUUUUGGCGCUAACUAGCACUCAAAUCGUAUCCGGAUGUCGACAGCAGAUGAGUUCUAUUCAUAACAUGGAUAACUUAGCUAGCUAACAUACAUUUAGAAAAAAACCUAGUUAUAUUAACUGGCUAGUUAGUUAGCUAGCCUUAGCAAUGUUGGGUGGUCAAUAGUGAGAGCUAUUUAACCAGCUGAGCUAGCAAACAAUGUAUCAAAAGUAUAAUUUCGUAUUCUAAAAAUACUCCAACAGGCUCUGCUUUUCAGGAAUCACAGUAGCAAGUACCCCUGGUGCACAGUUUUUGGAAGAAAACUCAGUUUUUGUAAUGCCCUCAAUGGCUUUCAUGCAUUUCAAAUGUGAGCUUGCCUGAGGUGUUUGCUAUCCAUUGAAGUGCUGUGAUUGGUUGCCAAACAUUCUGGGGCGGGGUUUAGCAAAUGGUCAAUGGAACUCCCUCAAGUCUUAGAAAAAAUCUUGCCUAAAAUGAUUUGAGAGUAUAUGGCACUUAGAAAUAUGUGGAACUCUAUUAGAAGGGAUGAAAAUGUUGAUAUGCAGCCCAUACUCAUUACAUUUUACAUUUUAGUCAUUUAGCAGACACUCUUAUCCAGAGCGACUUACAGGAGCAAUUAGGGUUAAGUGCCUUGCUCAAGGGAACAUCGACAGAUUUUUCACCUAGUCGGCUUGGGGAUUAGAACCAGCGACCUUUCGGUUACUGGCACAACGCUCUUAACCACUAAGCUACCUGCCGCCCACUCAUAAUGUUAAAUUCAACAAUGACUGUGUUGAUUGAGACCUUCUACAUUUUCCUCUCUGUAGGACUAUGAUGACGAGGAGGAUGAGGACGAGGAGGAAGAGGAGGAGGAGGAGGAUGAAGAUGAUGGAGGGAUGGGAGAUGAAGGAGAGGAGAGCAAUGAAGGGAGCGGAGACGGCAAUGAGGCAUACGAAGGCGACGACACAGAGGUAAGCUCCCCACACACACCGUUACAAACUUAACCAUGUCAUUUCCAGCAUGUGUUUUGUAAUCCCGCUCUCUCUCACUUCCUGUCUUGCACCCACUCCCUAAUUCUUUCCAACUCACGUCUCUCGGAUGUUACAGCCAGACAUGCACGUUUUUCUGUGACGCAUUGGUGUCUCAGCAGUGCUCUUGCUUCACUCUGCUACCUCAUGUCUGUGUUGUGAUCUAGAGUGACAGUGUGUGUGGGAGGGAAGGAGGUGUUGGGGGAACUGAAGGUCCUGGAGAUUUGGCAGGGGAGAAGGGUGGGUGGGGGCUUUGUGGUCAGGGUGGGGGUGCAGAAGAAAGCGGGCCACACCCUCCCCGUCUAGCUAGCUGUAAAGUUACUAGACCUCUAAGGGAACGCCUGUACAAGGGAAAUGAAUCAUGAUCAGCAUGUGCUGCUUACCACAAGAACAUAGUGCGUGGGAACCAUCCUGUAACGUCUCCUUCUUUUCUGUCUCUCCCACUGUGUGUGUGUGUGCCUCCCUCCCUCCCAGGGUGCUGAUGGGACGGACCCAGGCACGGAGACGGAGGAGAGUCUAGGAGCAUCUGACUCCACCCAGCGCCCGGCCGACUCCCAGACACACAGCUGUAAGACGAUGGAAACUGUCACACACUGUUGUCUCUACAGACCUCUGACACUUUUGAGUAACUGAGAGAUGUAAUAUGUUGGUGUCUGUCAGGAUUGAGAGAUACAUUUUAGUCACUGUGUUGGUAGACUAACCAAGACAAUAGAUUCAACAUAUCGGAAACUGAUACGGACAUGAGCCUAUUUCAUAAUAUUAUUGGGGUGUCUGUUAGUUCAACAGACAAUGAUGUAACAAGGAAAGGUGAUGCAAACUCCGUCUGUCUGAUGGAGAGAUUACGUUUGUGUUGUGAUUUUAACUGUGUUAAACUAAACCACAUUGUCGUCUCCUGUUCUGUCAGUCGAGGGCAGCAGCAGUAUGGAAGCCUUCUCAAGUGAACCAACCACCUCUGCUCCCAGAAUGCCCCAGUCUCCACGGAGAACACCCCACCCACUGCCCCCCCACCUCAACAUCACCCAGGAACGGGGACCCCCCGCUCAGGUACAGGUUUGUGCUUAUGAGUCAAUAUAGCCAGUGUGUCUGUGCGUAAGACAAUUGUAUUGCAGUGUUUGUGGUGUGGUUACAUCUGUGUAGUACCGAGUUGUGUGUGUCUUACAGCGCCCCAUGCGUCACCAGUCUGUAGGCAGAGUCCCUCAGCUCACCCCUGGGAUGGCCAGCAGCGGAGUAAGUCACCCCCUUACAUCUUAAAGGGAUAUAGUGCAAGAAUUUGGCAAUCAGUCCCUAUUCUACUUACCCAGAGUCAGAUGAACUCAUGUAUACCAUUUCUAUGUCUCUGCAUGCAGUUUAAAGGAAGUUGAAGGUCGUUUUCACAAGCCAUUGUUAACUGGCGUUAGCGCAAUGCCUGGAAGUAUAUGGGAACAGGUAGCAUGCUAGCUGUUCUCAUUGACUUCCAGGCAUUGUGCUAACGCUAGUUAGCAAUGGCUUGUGAAAACGACCUUCAACUUCCUUUAAACUGCAUGCAGAGACAUAGAAAUGGUAUACAUGAGUUUAUCUGGUUAAGUAGAAAAAGGGCUUAGUUGCGAAAACCUCGCACUAUCCCUUUAAACUGCAACUCAUGUGUUGUGUGUUGUGUUGUCAGUGUUUGUAUAAUAUAGAUCCCGGAUUAUAUUUCAGUUCACCAAUUAUUAUCAGCUGAUAUUGGCCUUUUUAGCGCUGUAUCGGACGAUAAUUCUACCGAUAACCGAUAUUUAAUAAAUAGGAUGAAAAAAGGAAUCUCAUGCUUAUCUGAAUUGCGGCCAUUCUCAUGUGUCAUUGUCACAAUGUAAAAAAUCAACAUUUGAAGCAUAUUUCUUGGACUAUUCCUCUUUUGGAUGGCAAUAUAUGAGAAUUCAAUGUGGAAAAAUGACACUUUUUCAUUUUCCCGCUGUAAAACAGUAUAUUGGCAGAUGUAUUGGUAAGUUUGGUCCCCCCAAAAAACGGAGUCGGUAUCGGACCCAAAAAUAGAUUUCGGUCAGGCUCUAGUAUAAUAUUAUUUCCUCCCUCUGCCUUCCUACAGCAGCAUUUCUUUGACGAUGAUGACAGGAUGGUUCCCAGUACUCCUACUCUGGUGGCGCCACACCGCUCUGACAGCUUUGCAGAAGCUAUCCAGUGAGUAACACACACUAAAAUCAGCAGCUAAACACCGCUAGUAAAGACUCCAUAGUACUUCUAACCUCUUCUCGCUCUCUGUGGUCCAGUUCUCCCCAGGUGGCUGGUGUACCCCGGUUCAGGUUCGGCACCCCAGAGGACCUGAUGCCCCAGACCACCACCUCCCACUCUGACCUGGGACAGCUGGCCUCACAAGGAGGUACUGGACUGUACACAGGCACACCUCAUCCCUUUUCUAUUUCUCCAUACCCUACCAUUGAGACACCCCCACUCUCUCUGUCCUCAUACAUACCACUGAGAUCAACAUAUUAGUUAUAUGCUCCUCACUGUCUGUCUUUCUCAGAUAGCUAUUAGAGACAUUUGAUGAGAUCUUACUUUUGCCAUGUCCAUAUCUCCAUCUUUCUUUGGUGAAGUAAGAAGUGUGUGUGUUGUAGGUCUUGGGAUGUAUGAUAGUCCUCUGUUCCUGCCUGGUCAUGAGGAUGAGUCUGGGGGCCUCAGCGUUCCCACCACACCCCUGCAGGUGGCUGCCCCAGGUACGGUACACACACACACACUAGGGUGACCACAUGUCCAUGGAUUGUGAAGGACAGUCUUGCAUUUUGUCCCGCAACCCAACAAUCAUGUCCUGCAUUUUUCUUUUUUUUCACAAAACAUAAUUAACGAAAAGCAAAACAUACAAUAAUCCCCACCCUCACCCCUGAUUGGAGGACCUCAGACAUUUACACUGUAUAUUUGUCUAUAUACUUAUUCCAACACUCAUUAAUUCCACCCUUCAGACAGCCAUAGAUCAACCCAUUUUCCCCAAUAAAUCAUAAUUCUACCAUUUCCUCUCACAAUACAUCCCUCCAUUCUCCCAUGGUGUCUCACUAGGGACUUGAAUCUCCCCAUCUGGAACAUUUCUGCUGAAAUUGCCCCCAAAAUAAACAUUUUACCCAAGAUCACAAUUCUAUUUCCUAUUGACUGACUGUGGUCCUUCAAAUCUCCCAGCAAUAAAGUUUGCAGGUCCAACCUGAUAAUAUGUCAUAGUAACCAUUCCUGGACCUGACUCCAAAAACAAGCUACCGAUGGACAGUACCAAAAGAGAUGCUCUAUUGAUUCUGUUUCCGCAUGGCAGUCUGCACUGGUCUGACUGUUGAAUACCCCAUAUACUGAGCAUUCUUUUUGUAGCGAUAAUUUUAUAUAAUAGUUUAAAUUGAAAAUAACUAAUUGAUGAAGAAAUUGUUUUGUUUAUCGGUUGAUAAACCCGAUGCCAUUGGGACAUCGAAAAUCUGUUCCCAACUAUCUUUACUUUUAUGUGGCAUAGUUGUCAACCCUCUUGACUGUAAGUGAAACUGAUACAUUUUACGAUUUAUAUUAGUAGUUUUAAGCCAUUUAGGAUUUUCUUAUUGGUGGCAGACAUUCAUUCCUUUCUCUUAAGUAAUUGCCUUUUCCAUUUUUGUGGCAGAGCUGCGAUGUUGGUUAUUAUUUUGUGUUGAGCAUACAGUACAUCUCCAUACACCUGGAUUAAUUGGUUGUAUGACAAAAUUCUACCGUUAUUGUUUACAAUGUCCUGCAUUUUAUCAACAAAUUCAAUCCACUAAUUUAGAAAAAAAUAGGUUGAUUUGUCCUGUAUUUCAGUCAGACAUUCCAACCUGUCUCCUCUUGUAGUCGCGUUGCGCUUAUGAAAAUAUAUAUCAUAAGGAUGUGGUACUGGUGAUGUUGAACACUUCUCUAAUCUUUGAGAUCUGAUAUUCUAUGCAGCGCAAGUCGAAGUAGGCCAAUGUUAUAUUGUAAACCAAUCCCAUUUGUCUAAUCCUUUCGGGCUAAAUUCCAGCUGAACUUGGAGAGGACAGUUAACCUCCUAGAGUCGAUUGUGCCGAUCGAAGCUGCAUAACAAAAAAUAUCCCCAUCAAAAUCUGUCAGUUUAAGCUAGAGAUCUGUUUUUUGCAUUGGAUGCGUCUCAAUCCACCGCAUCCGCCAGUGUCGCACUUCUGCGGUGAAAGGUGGCUAGAGCGAUGUUUGUCAGACCAUGAGACAUCCCGAAAAUCGGUAUUUUCACGUAAACGUCUGUAGCGUCCGAACCAUUUGGGAUACAAACUAAUGGGACCCCAAUCUACGACCCCCACAAGUGUCACAGGACUCGUCUGAAGGUAACUGGUAUCGGUAAAAAAAAAACUGAAUGGAAGUAGUUUUGUGCCUACCCCAAAAAAGGGGUUACAUACAAUACCAGUCAAAAGUUUUAGAACACCUACUCAUUCAAGGGUUUUUCUUUAUAUUUUCUAGUUUCUACAUUGUAUAAUAAUAUUUUCUAUGGGGUUGAGAUCUGGAGACUGGCUAGGCCACUCCAGGACCUUGAAAUGCUUCUUACGAAGCCACUCCUUCGUGUGUUUGGGAUCAUUGUCAUGCUGAAAGACCCAGCCACGUUUCAUCUUCAAAGCUCUUGCUGAUGGAAGGAGGUUUUCACUCAAAAUCUCACGAUACAUGGCCCCAUUCAUUCUUUCCUUUACACGGAUCAGUCGUCCUGGUCCCUUUGCAGAAAAACAGCCCCAAAGCAUGAUGUUUCCACCCCCAUGCUUCACAGUAGGUAUGGUGUUCUUUGGAUGCAACUCAGCAUUCUUUGUCCUCCAAACACGACGAGUUGAGUUUUUACCAAAAAGUUAUAUUUUGGUUUCAUCUGACCAUAUGACAUUCUCCCAAUCCUCUUCUGGAUCAUCCAAAUGCACUCUAGCAAACUUCAGACGGGCCUGGACAUGUACUGGCUUAAGCAGGGGGACACGUCUGGCACUGCAGGAUUUGAGUCCCUGGCGGCGUAGUGUGUUACUGAUGGUAGGCUUUGUUACUUUGGUCCCAGCUCUCUGCAGGUCAUUCACUAGGUCCCCCCGUGUGGUUCUGGGAUUUUUGCUCACCGUUCUUGUGAUCAUUUUGACCCCACGGGGUGAGAUCUUGCGUGGAGCCCCAGAUCGAGGGAGAUUAUCAGUGGUCUUGUAUGUCUUCCAUUUCCUAAUAAUUGCUCCCACAGUUGAUUUCUUCAAACCAAGCUGCUUACCUAUUGCAGAUUCAGUCUUCCCAGGGUGUGCAGGUCUACAAUUUUGUUUCUGGUGUCCUUUGACAGCUCUUUGGUCUUGGCCAUAGUGGAGUUUGGAGUGUGACUGUUUGAGGUUGUGGACAGGUGUCUUUUAUACUGAUAACAAGUUCAAACAGGUGCCAUUAAUACAGGUAAUGAGUGGAGGACAGAGGAGCCUCCUAAAGAAGAAGUUACAGGUCUGUGAGAGCCAGAAAUCUUGCUUGUUUGUAGGUGACCAAAUACUUAUUUUCCACCAUAAUUUGCAAAUAAAUUCAUAAAAAAUCCUACAAUGUGAUUUUCUGGAUUUUCUUUCCUCAAUUUGUCUGUCAUAGUUGACGUGUACCUAUGAUGAAAAUUACAGGCCUCUCUCGUCUUUUUAAGUGGGAGAACUUGCACAAUUGGUGGCUGACUAAAUACUUUUUUCCCCCACUGUACAUAUGAAUACAGUUGAAGUCGGAAGUUUACAUACACUUAGGUUGGAGUCCAUUAAAACCCGUUUUUCAACCACUCCACAAAUGUCUUGUUAACAAACUAUAGUUUUGGCAAGUCGGUUAGGACAUCUACUUUGUGCAUGACACAAGUAAUUUUUCCAACAAUUGUAUACAGACAGAUUAUAUCACAAUUCCAGUGGGUCAGAAGUUUACAUACAUUAAGAUACUUUUGUACCUGUUUCCUCCAGCAUCUUCAUAAGGUCCUUUGCUGUUGUUCUGGGAUUGAUUUGCACUUUUCGCACCAAAGUACGUUCAUCUCUAGGAGACAGAACGCGCCUCCUUCCUGAGCGGUAUGACCGCUGCGUGGUCCCAUGGUGUUUAUACUUGCGUACUAUUGUUUGUACAGAUGAACGUGGUACCUUCAGGCGUUUGGAAAUUGCUCCCAAGGAUGAACCAGACUUGUAGAGGUCUACAAUUAGAGGUCUUAUUUCUUUUGAUUUUCCCAUGUCGUCAAGCAAAGAGGUACGGAGUUUGAAGGUAGGCCUUGAAAUACAUCCACAGGUACACCUCCAAUUGACUCAAAUGACGUCAAUUAGCCUAUCAGAAGCUUCUAAAGCCAUGACAUCAACUUAGUGUAUGUAAACUUCUGACCAACUGGAGUUGUGAUACAUUGAAUUAUAAGUGAAAUAAUCAGUCUGUAAACAAUUGUUGGAAAAAUUAGAUUAGUAGAUGUCCUAGCCGACUUGCCAAAUCUAUAGUUUGUUAACAAGAAAUUUGUGGAGUAGUUAAAAAACAAGUUUUAAUGACUCCAACCUAAGUGUAUGUAAACAUCCGACUUCAACUGUGUGUGUGUGUGUAUAUAUAUAUAUAUAUAUUUUAUAAUUUUUUCCCCCCCUGGAUUUAGGACAGACCCUUAAAUCUUGUUUCUUAUGAUACAUUUUUUGACUGUCCUUUUUGCCCUUUAUGAAUGUGUUAUUCAAUGCGUUUUUCUUUACCUAAAGGGGUCCUAAAAUUCUAAAUCAAAUAGCUAAAUGAUUCAUAGUAUGAACAUGUCCUGCAAAAUCAUCCCUUUGUCCUGCAUUUGGGUAUUUUAAAUAUGCUCAACCUAACACACACACACACAUUAUUUCUCUCUACUCCCUCACUCACUCGAGAAAAUGUGAGAAUUGUGAAAUGUGUACCAGUUUAACAGUUUGAUUAUUGACAGAGCCGGCAGGUAGCGUUGGGCCGAAAGGUUGCUGGUUCGAAUCCCCGAGCCGACUAGCUGAAAAAUCAGUCGACGUGCCUUUGAGCAAGGCACUUAACCUUAGUUCCUCUGGAUAAGAGCGUCUUCUAAUUCACUCUCCCCCUCCCUCCAGUGUCCAUAUUCGCAGAGGUCCCGCCCUCUGAUGGCACGGAACACACCUCUCAGUCUGUUCCCAUAGUAAUCACCUCAACCCCAGGCUUGGCGGUGGCCGGAGGACCCAGUCCUGGGGACGAGAGGGAUGAUGUCUUCAUGGAGCCUGAGGGAGACCGGUGAGACCACCUUGCUUACUCUAUGAAAUUGAUCAAAAGUAAAGCUUCAAAUCGUAUAGCUAACUGAUAUAGCUAACUGUACUUGAACCACAGCAUUAAUAAAUAGUGUGAUCCUCCAUAGUGAAUGACCUGUGUGUGUUGUGUACGUGUCCAGUGUGGAGGUAUCUCUGGAAACUGUGAUGUCUCGGGCAGGGGAGAUGGAGGAACCUGCCCAGCUCUCAGUCGAUUCCAGCCUGCCUUCUACCAGCCAGGAACUCUCCUCCAGCACCGCAGGUUCUGACCCCAACGCUCUACAGUACUCUAACCUCUACCCUAUGGACCCCUUAUCCACUAGCUAACCCUCAAUACCUUAGCGUGCCCUACCCAAGCCAAGAAGAGACCUACUCCUCUGCACACUUACCAAUACCCCUCCAUUCAUACUGGUUGUUGGAAUUGUAGUUUGUUAACAUUCUAGUAGUGAGAUUCCUCUCAAAUUUGAGUAUUAAUACUGGUUUUAUAGGAGCUUGGCUCUGACCGCCUUGGAAUGUUUAAUUACAGGGUCCAUUGUCUCUGACUAGUAGGCCAGAUUGCUUUCUCAGUUUUGGCUGUAGUAGCACCCAGUGUUAGAAUGAGCCGUGUGUAACUGUGCCCUUUGUCUCUCUGCCUCUACCUUAGACACUAGUAGCACUCAGCCCAAACCCUCUAGACCAGGACACAGCCGACAGCUCCAACGCUGGACAGAGAACCGCAUGAGGAGAGGUGAGAUAAAACAUACAGACAUGUAUACUGUACACAACUAUUAAUACAACAUAUAAAACCAAGUCCAGAUCCAUUGUUGAUGUUAAAUCGAUUUUAAUAGUCAGAAAAUACAGAAGCUAUACAUUUAAUCUAAAAUGAUUAGUUACAUUAGCAUCGUCUUUGCAUUAUACAUUAUACAGGCGCUGUACAGAAUCAGAAUGUGAUUUGUUUUUACAUUGGUAAAGCAGACCUUUGUCUCAUAUCAGUAUGUGUCGUUUGAUGGGAACCAGGGACGUUGCCAUCACGGGGUGUAACUGGGACUGGGAGGAGAUUCGCCCGAUAA